CCCUCCUCAAUUCGUUCUCGACCGGGACACGCAACUUUGGCAAAAUAUCCCCAGCCGCGCUUCCCCAUCGUGUGCUUCCCACCCCUCGGGAUCUCGUGAGCGCUCCAGCUUUUCUUGGCCUCGCCUCCGCCCUCUCCGAUUUUUGAGGAGGCCAUGCCUGCCAUACCAGGGCCCGCCAGAGUUUGGACAAUAGGGAUGUGGCCUGGGAAGAAGAAUAGAGAGAAAAAAAAAGGGGGCAAGAAGGAUACGUCUCAUACGCACAGCAGCGGACAAUGGAGAGGUAUUAAGACCAGAGUGCCGGGCGCUUCCGCAGGCGGCGGCGCAGCCCCUUUGGCUCCUGCCGGUGGCUCUCACCCUUCCUUUCGGGAAAGCAGUCGAUCGCCGAUCACUUACUGGUUACAGAACGCUAGAGCUGACACCGACGGCACGCUCCGUGCUCACCCUCCGUCUGGCCGCCACCCACACUCUUUUACUCUCUCUCCCUCACCUGCUCCAGCCGCCCUGGGUUCUAUACGACGUCCUGCGGCCCUGUUUCAGUUCCCCUCACACAUCCCGCUUUGGCGAUGCAGUUGUAGAGGUACCCCGCCAUAUCGUUGAUACAUAAUCCGUAUUUUGCCGGCCACCCUCAACCUCCCUUGGCGACCCAGCAUAUCGCCCUGGAGGGCCUGGUCGAUAUUUCCUAUACUACACCCUAAUUUGCCUGCCUGCCUAUAAUCAAUCCUGCGCUGCCAGCCACACAGACAACCUCCAGCUCUCGCGUUACAAGAGGAGGUCAUCAAUGUUUAGAAGGGACGAAGGAGGCAGCACCGCCGGCGGGUCUUCGGAGGAGGCCAUCGCGCUGCGGCGGUCUCUCAUCAUCGUAUCCAGCGUCCUCGGCGCCACCAUCAUAGCCAUCCUGGCCGCCGUGGCCGCCGUUGUGCUCCGGAGGAGAGGCCGCCGUCGGAGGGCCUACGACGCCGCCCGCGCCAGAGACCCGUACCUCACCCGCCCGGAGUACGACGACGACCACCGCCGCCGCCGCCGCCUGCGCUGGCUGACGGCCUCUUCGCCUUGCCCGAACCACCCGGACCGGCGAGGCGGCAGUGGCGGCGGCGGCGGCGUGGACGUGGAGGCGCAGCGGAGCGAGAUGAUCCGCAAGUCGCUGCAGAGCCGCUCCAUGGUCAACAUGGCGGGUGCUGCGAACCAGGACGCCCCGCCGACGCCGUCGAUCCCCCACCCGUUUGCCGCCGUCGCCGCCGCCGCCGCCGCCGCCGACCCGGCAGCAACGACAGAGUCCCUGGUAGUCGCCCCCAAGCCGGCCCGGACGCGGUCGCGCACCUGGCACGGCGGGCGGCUCCCCAACGACAGCGACGACGACGACGACGACGGAGACGAUGAGGACGGCGGCCGCGGCGACAGGGGAAACGGCGGCGACGACGUGCGCUCGGCGCAGGCCCGCGUGGACUACAUGUGGCAGCUGCUGAACCGCAAGGGCGGCUACCCGUCGUCGUCGUCCCCCUCGCCCGCCGCCGGAAACGACGACGACGACGACGACGACGACGACGACCCGGCGCCCCGGCCGCCGACAAUCAGGCUGAAAACCCCUCCGCUGCUCUCCCACCCGGCCUUUAGGAACUGGAGUAGUGCCGGCUAUAGUGGCGAUGGGUCGAGACCCAAGACGCCCAAGCACUCGAGCCUGCCUACGGAACUCAUGGCCAUCCGGCCGUCACCUUUAUAAUGCUAGUCUUUUUUUUUGUUUAUCUUUUUAUUGGUGGUUCCUUUGUCAUAAUACCCAUUCUCCCUCUAUCCAUUUGAUAGCGUCGAGGAUAUAUAUACCGGAGGAAACACACGGCCGGCUUUUGGAAAAUGUGCGCGGGAGUCUAGGUUUGGGUUUAAUCGAGGAUACCGUGCUGGCGGACAAGACGGUAAUGUAUGUAGCUAUGCUAAUGAGUUUACGAGCAGCGUUGAAAGGUACUCAAGGUAGUAAUUAGACUUUCUUUUUGGUACUGAUAGGA